AUGGCGUCGUCGGUGGUGAAGAGCAUCAUAAGCACGGUGAGGGAGAAGGGUCUCGGCGGCUUCUUCAGAUACCUCAAGGAUGAAGGAUACCGGAGAUGCCUUCCUGAUGGAAACCUAUUGCAAACCAAGAUCCACAAUAUUGGGGCAACACUUGUUGGUGUUGAUAAAUAUGGUAACAAGUAUUACGAGAAAACUGAAAACACACAGUAUGGAAGGCACAGGUGGGUUGAAUAUGCAGAGAAGACUAGGUACAAUGCUUCUCAAGUUCCUGCUGAAUGGCAUGGCUGGCUCCACUUCAUAACUGAUCACACCGGUGAUGAGCUUCUUUUACUGAGACCAAAAAGGUACGGUCUUGACCAUAAAGAAAAUUUGUCUGGAGAAGGUGACGAGUUUAUCUAUCAUUCCAAGGGACAUGCUCUCAAUCCAGGGCAGAGAAACUGGACCAGGUACCAACCAUGGGAAUCCACGACCAAACCGUGA